AUGGUGGACGUUUCAAGCAAGCCCGAUUCAAUCCGUACAGCCACUGCAUCCGGAAAGGUGAUUUUGGGGAAGAUGGUGUUCGAUUUGGUGAAAUCCAAUCAAAUCAAGAAAGGUGACGUGCUAACGACAGCUCAGAUCGCUGGGAUCAAUGCCGCUAAGCAGACAUGGACACUCGUGCCCUUGUGUCACCCCGUUGCACUUAGUAAAGUGGAUGUAACGAUGACGAUGGAUCAACAGGACCAUACGGUCUGCAUCGAUGCUCUAGCGAAGUGCACGGGAAAAACGGGUGUUGAAAUGGAAGCACUGACUGCAGUGUCCGUUGCAGCAUUGACUGUUUACGACAUGUGCAAGGGUGUUAGCCGGGAGCUGAAAAUUACAGAUAUCAGGCUGACCUCUAAGACUGGCGGCACCAGGGGAGAUUACUUCGAGGAACGCAUCUGA